AUGAGCUGUCUGGAUGUUAUGUACCAAGUCUAUGGUCCUCCCCAGCCUUACUUCGCAGCCGCCUACACCCCCUACCACCAGAAACUAGCCUAUUAUUCCAAAAUGCAAGAAGCCCAGGAGUGCAACGCCAGCCCCAGCAACAGCAGCGGCAGUGGCAGCUCCUCCUUCUCCAGCCAAACUCCGGCUAGUAUAAAAGAAGAAGAAAGCAGCCCGGAGAAAGAGCGCCCACCAGAGGCGGAGUACAUCAACUCCCGCUGCGUCCUUUUCACCUAUUUCCAGGGAGACAUCAGCUCCGUUGUAGACGAGCAUUUCAGCAGGGCCCUGAGCCAGCCUAGCAGCUAUUCCCCAAGCUGUUCAAGCAGCAAAGCCCCGCGGAGCUCCGGGCCCUGGCGGGCUCGUCGUUAUUCCCUCUGUGGUGCAUCCCUCCUGAGCUGA